AUGGCCGUGUUCCAAAUGGGUUCUCAUACGCAUGCCAUCCCAAUGGCGUUGUUCCGAAACAAUCGUGUGAAGGUGGUCAAUGAACUGCGCCGUGCCCAUAACUUUGGUGACGAUUCAAAGCCUGUGGUAUUGCUGCAGGGAGGUGAUAACAUUAGCCACUAUGAUACGGACGUCGAUUAUGUUUUCCGACAGGAGUCAUACUUUACCUACCUAUUCGGGGUUACCGAACCGGGGUGCUAUGGAACAGUGGAGCUCAAGUCCGGACGUUCUACAUUAUACGUGCCAAGGCUUCCGGAAGAGUACGCCGUUUGGAUGGGUCCGCUGCUUGGCUUGGAGGAAUUCAAGCAAAAGUACGAAGUCGACGCGGUGUACUACGCCGAUGAGCUUCCUGCGCGACUUGCUAAUGUUGAUCCUUCGGUGCUGUUGCUUUUGAGUGGACCAAAUUCCGAUAGCGGUUCGGUGGUCAAACCGGCAUAUUUCAAGGGAAUCGAGAGUUUUGUUGCCGACACCGAUAUCCUGUUUCCGGUUAUUGCAGAAUGCCGCGUCAUAAAAUCGUCGGACGAAAUCGAGGUCCUGCGCUAUGUGGCACGUGUGUCCUCCGACGCACACAAAGCGGUCAUGAAGGUGAUGAAACCUGGUCUGCACGAGUACCAGGCCGAGGCUGAGUUCCUGCGCCACGCGUACGCCGUCGGUGGCUGCCGUCACGUCUCGUACACAUGCAUCUGCGGCACGGGCACCAACUCAGCGAUACUGCACUACGGCCACGCUGGAUCACCGAACGAUUGUGCCAUCCGCGAUGGAGACAUGUGUCUGUUCGACAUGGGCGCCAAUUACGGUGGUUAUGCUGCGGACAUUACCUGCAGUUUUCCGGCCAGCGGCAAGUUCACCGAUGACCAGAAGCUCAUCUACAAUGCGGUGCUAGCUGCCCGUGACGCAGUGUGUGCGACUGCCCGGGAAGGUGUGUCAUGGAUCGACAUGCAUCUGCUUGCCAACCGUGUGAUGCUCGAGGAACUGCGCAAAGGUCAACUGCUCAAGGGCGAUGUGGGCGAGAUGAUGGAGGCUGGAUUGAACGCCAUAUUUCAACCGCACGGGUUAGGCCACUUCCUGGGGCUGGAUGUACACGAUGUCGGUGGAUAUCUGCCAGGAUGUCCGGAACGUUCGACCCAGGCUGGGGUCAAUCGCUUACGUACGGCACGCACACUCAAGGCGGGCAUGUAUCUGACCAUCGAACCGGGAUGCUACUUUAUCGAGCCGUUGCUGAACAAGGCGUACGCUGAUGCCAAUCUGAGCAAGUUCCUGGUGAAGGAAAACCUGGAGCGUUUCCGCAAUUUCGGAGGUGUCCGCAUCGAGGACGACGUGCUGAUUACCGAGACUGGCAUUGACAAUUUCACGCUCGUGCCGAGAACGGUGGACGAAAUCGAAGCCUGGAUGGCCAAGUAAGCGCGCGCCAUUCCCGAGACGUAAUUCUUGAUAAUGUUUUCAUAACGAAUUAUGUACACGCCAUAAUGCCACCGUUCCGCUUCCAGCAGAAAACUAUAUUUUAUGCGCAUUGUGCAAUAUAUUAAUCGAUUCAAUAAACCAUAUCCUUUGCAAAUGUU